AUGGCCCGGAAUAAAACACGCGUAAUAUACAGAGGCCCACCUAAACGCCCGCGAGGAAUGUGGAAUGACCAUCCCAUACCGCCGUAUCCGGAUCCCUUCAGCAAUGGAACUACUGAUAGGCGACCAUCUUCACCGAUUUCUCAGGAACCACUUCGGGACCGGAAUUCCUUUAGCGCGGGCUAUAGUUCGACGUCCAAUUCUCGACCUGGAGACAACUGGGAGACGGACAAGAACUGGAACGCGCCUCUAAGCGGGGUUGAAGGGCAAGUUCGAGAGCAAGAGCAGGGGCGUGGACAGGGCCGAUACAACUCCCCUCCGCCCUCUGUAUGGCAGACUUACAAACCGAUUGAGCUCCCGGAAGAGAUCCGCUAUGUCGGGCCUUCCUCAACUUAUCGCCCUCCUUCUCCUGUGCAGAGGAAUGAACCUCAGCCUCGGCCACCAUCGAAUGCACCUCCGGGAGGACCACGGAAUGGAUACACCGCACCAGCUCCGUUUCGGCACCCGCCACCCACAGAGCCCAGAGCUUUGCGGAUAGCUAGAGAGAAGGAAAGGCAAAAAGAGGCAGAACGUCAGGAAGACCUUUGGGCCAGGGAGAGGGAAAAGGAAAAAGAACGGGAUCUGUAUGCGCCUGGCGAAAGACAGGAGUAUGAACGUCAGAGGGAAUCGCCACGAGAUUGUCCUCCCCUUUCCGCCCCUUCUGGCCCUCGGAAAAACCCAGGGUCGAUUUUUCUCAUCUCUCCUGCCACGGCCAGCGCCUUGGGUAAUCACGAGCGCUCGAGACCAGCUUGUUCGCCUUUUCCGAACUCGUUCUCGCCCAGUGGAGCUUCCAGUGCUGCUCGUGGGCUUCCUCCACGGGUAGGGGCGUUUUCUAUCUUCUCUCCAGUUCGAUCUUCAACCGUCCCCUCCAACAAUAGCAGGGAACUUCGCACCAGCUUUCAUGCGGGACCUAACCCUUCUAACAGCCAUCCUGGGCCCAAUCGGACCUCGCCUAUACCGAACACAACCACGAUCAUCACACAUCCAAUCCCAUCCGUGGCAGCCCCAGCGAGCACUGUACGGGCGUCUGGCGAUCCACCAAAAGCCGAAGGGUGGACAAGAGAGUUCAUUCCCAACCAACGCGCGCGACUGCAAGAAUACGCGGCGGCGGAUGCCGCCAAGGAACGUGAGCGGGAAAUGGACAGAGAAAAUUCACAAGCACGAGCACAAGCACAGGUCCGGGCAGAAAUAUCCCAACAUGUUGACUCUGAGGGAAUCUCUGCGAACACGAGCACCGGGACAACUCGAGAUCAGGUUUGGGUGCCCACCACUAGCCCCAGACGGAACUCUGCAAACUCCGUCAUGCUUCGGGAACCGAGUGUCCUGUCCAUUUCUCAGAGAGCGGGCUCUGUCGCCUCCACCGCGUCGGGAUGUGGGAAAGCGCUGGGUACUCCUCCUGUGCCGCCCGCGGCUGUAGCAUGGGGCCAUGGUACUGCAGGAGGUGCUCUGAAACAGGACUCACGUGCUGGUUACCAGACUCCCUCUGGCACAUCAGGGCGCCCUCAACCAGAGCAUGGGUUGGAGAUUAAGCGAGGAGAAACUCCAAGAACGGCCGUUAGAGACUUCGUGCCCAGGCAGGUGGUUAAAAUGAGACGUAGCGGGCAAGACGCUUCUGCAAAUAGUUUGCAAGAAUCGAGUACAGUGGAAGACAUCCCGGGAUUCGGUACUUUCCGGUCCGUGAAGGGCAUCCCAUCCACUAGUCCCGACAAGGUCGUCGAAGAACAUAUCGUUAAGCACGAAACGUCUUUUGGAUCGUCUGGCCAAUCUACUGUAGCAUCAUUGUUCCACCGUCUCUCCGAGGUACCCAUCUCCGAAUCAUCCCCUGUCGGUACAGCCCCAACAUCAACGUCUCUUCCUCCGGGCCUCGGAGCCUUGGCGACAGUCGUGUCAUUGGCACAAAACAUUGGCCGCUCUCCCAGCCCGCUUAUCCAGGCGCUCAUGGAUGAGAUGUUGCCUAAGCCCCGACAGAAGAAUGACGCAGCUCCCGCCACACCAUCCCCUCUCCGUUCAACAGAUGCUUCAUCAGAUCCAAAAUGUGCUUCUUCUCCCGAUGCCUCCGCAGAAGACUCGGCUUCAGGAGAACCCUCGGCUGCUGUUGUUCAACGAAAGAGCUCAAAAUCUGGUGUUAACCGUCGCGUCAAAUCGGCUACCUCUUCCCCGCGUUCCAAGUCAACAGUACCAAGUGUCAUACCCGGCUGUUCCAGUGCUGCUGGGUCUGUCAGCGUUUCGUCUUCUUUAGAGCCUAUUCCUGGUCUUGGCGGCAUUUCUGCCUUCGGAGAACUUGCUUCAAUGCCGGAUGAGGCUAUACCUGGUCUUGGGAUCAAUAAGUCAUCGAUAACGCCUCCCCUAUCAUCGACUUCUAUUUCACGCCACACGUCCGCUAUUAUACCCUCUCGGGGUAGUGCUUCGACGCUUGACCAUCCCAAAAUCGACAGGACAAUAAAUUCAAGGAAUUUCGAUUCGGAGAGCUCCCGAAAUACUCCGCGCUCCAGUUCGAAUCAACCGGAAGUUUAUUCGCCGACCCUCAGUGAUUCCUUGUAUCCCAUUUCGCCAUCUCUUGUCCAAGGAACUGGAACUCCAAAUGCCACUGUACUUGUCCCGACCGUGACCGAUGCGAUUUUGCCGUCUACCAUCCGUUCCCCCUCGACCAUCUCCGAGGACCUGUUGUCCUUUUUUGCACCAUUGCCACCUGGAUUAGGGUCCCUACCGCCCCCACUGUCUGCCAUCACUAGCACAAACGAAGGGGAAACGCUGGAGCCUCCCACGACAUCGUCAAUGGAUACAUCCCCCACAUCAGAAAAUAAUAGCACUCUGUCCAUGCUACAGGAUUUAGUGAUUCCAUCAAAGGAAACUGAAGAUCAUGGACAACAGGAACCUGAAAAGGCGCUGCCACAAUCACAUGAUCCACCACCCGACAAGCAGGAAUCUGCAAGGGUUAUGUCGCCUGUGUUUCCUGCAUCACAUCUAUCUUCAAUUGUCGCCACUGAACCUGAUUCUUCGUCCCCUCUCACAUUGGUUCAGUCUACAUCUCCCGUUGAAAGCUUGGUCGUUCUUCCAGGCGGCCAAUCUCUGGACGAGAUGGACAUGCAGAUGACUAAAGAUUUCCUCGGUGGAUCUCAUUCCGUCGCCGAGCAACAUUCUCCUAAAGACGUGAGCGAGAUGUCUCCGAAGGUGGUAGUUGAGAACGCCAUGGAGGCUGCUGCAACAGACGCCGCAAUUGAUCCGAUCUCCCGGAUUCUGGAGUCUCACAAUUAUGCCGCUCCCUCUACAGCUUCGAAGGCAAGUGACCCUGAAAUAUCAUGUGUCGACUACAUGGAAGAUGUUGGUGAUUCCAUGCCCUCCCCCCCGUUUCUUCCCCGCACAUACUGUCCUGAGCCCUCUUCAGAUGAUCCUUGGACUGUCGCCGAUGGAACGCUGGAGUUCCCCACGACAUUGGGCCCUCCCAACGCAUUAUUCUCUCCAUUGGAAACUGCAGGGGAUUUCUCAGAUCCUCGCAUUGGCACACCCACUCCUUUCGAAACUUUGUCGGUCAUUAGCAAUGCGGUGAUUCUGGAUGAUGGAGAGGUUCAAGCAACACCGGCUCUUGACGAAGAGGAUCGUGUGAUAUCCUCACGUACUGAACCGCCAUUGUCAUCACCGUCGUCAUCACCUCUUCUGUCACCCCCCCCUGCACAACGGUUGCAGGACUAUGCGAACUUUGUCAAAUCCAAUAAGCAGAGGAAGCAGGCCCUUCUUGUUGAGCUCGCGGUCACCACUGACCCCAUCGAGCGAUACCCGAUCAAGAUGAAGUUAAAUGAACUUCAAAUGGUAGAUGACAUGAUACCUGACUUGGGCACUACGUUGGCGUGGAGACCUGAGGCAUGGCACGACCCAAUUGUUGGAGUUACUGUGGCUCAGGCGCCUACCUCGGAAGGCUCAAGCACCCCUGUCGCGGUUGUGAAAUGGGUGCCACCUCCGGAACCUACGGAGUUGGCUUUUGAUCAACCUUUCAGCAACCUUAUGACGCGAAACGAAAUGAUGAUGCCGAACCGAAAGCAAAUGGGCACCAGCCGCCGCUUUGUACUGCAUGGUGUUCCCGUCAAGUCGCUCAAUGCUGUCAGGGAGUACGCCGAGACUUAUGGAUAUGUUAAGAUAUUCUACCCCUUGGCUCAUGAGGAUGUUCUCCUUGUAUUCAGAAAGACACCACCGGCAUUUGAAAAGCUUGGAAACUUACAUAUACCAUCUCUUGGUACUAUCCGUUUCACCGAAGGCUGCUCUGUUGCAUAA